CAACUGAACUACCAACAGUACAUUAUACCGAUUUUUUUUUACCAUGGCCAAGAUGAUCCUCCUACUAAUCAUCCUUGUUGCUACCAUCACAGCCGCCGUGGAAGCCGCUCCUUCGCCAGCAGUGCCUGUGCCUCAGCAAUCCUCCGCCGAAGCUGACAAGAAGAUCAACGAGGUGAAUCUGACACUGAAGAAGGUCUUCGACGAUGUCAUCGCCACCGCCCCGCCGGCCAAGAAGCAGGAAGCCAUAGACGCGACCACCAAGCAGCUCCAAGUCGCCGAGCGCGCCCUCGCGAAGGCCAAGGCAGGAGGCGACGAGAAGGUCGCGAAGCUCGCCAUGUCCUACGAGCUGAGCGCCAGGAUCGUCACGGAGACACCGCCGGCGAUGAAGCUGGAGCGGAUGGAGGAGCUGUUCAACGCCAUGGCUGCACCGAACCACAAGACAGAAUGCCACCCGAACGCCGAGGCCGACAAGCCCUUCUGCGAGACCGUCUCCAAGCUGCAGAAGGCCUUCAAGGAGGUGCGCUCCGCCGUCGCGCAGGGCAAGAAGGAGGAGACCAUCGACGAUGUGUUCCUCGUCAACCAAGAGUUCGCGCCCACGAUCAGGGCUAUCAACAAGGCGUACGCGGACGGAGACGAGAAGGAGAUCGCGGCGGUUCUGGCGACCUACGACAAGUGUGCCGAUGCGAUCCUUGCAGCUCCGCUCGCUGAAAAGUUCAAGGUGAUGAAAGAGAGCAUCGCGGCCGCUUCCCGUGCACCCGGAAAGCAGGCGCCAUAGUGCCACACCCACACUGCAUGCCACCACAACACUUUCGACGACGCGACCACUUUGCAACGACGCAAUAUCGAUCCAUACGCUCAGCACCAAUGAUCAUCAUAGUCAUGUAUGUAGUAUUUACUUACCAUUCCUAUAUAUAUAUAUAUAUAUCCCCUAAUUGUAUAGACCCUUUUGCUCUGUCGCUGGUUGGUUCUUUAA